UUUUACUAUCCACACACACACACUGGAUACUGCUGUUCCCCCAGCUAUUAGCAGACCACUAAUGCUGUUUUUCCAUAAACUGCCGUUGGUUGGUUUUAUUACGGUGUCCCCAGGCGUUCACUUCGCCUGGAUUGAGGAUGGCUUCCGUGAGUAGCCGAAGGAGGGCUUCAAUGCUGCAGUGAUCUUUGAAAGGAGAAUAUUGGUAGGCGGGAUUGGAAAUGCAUGAUGCUUUCUGCCACCCUGUCCUGCUGUGGUGCGUUCAGGAGGACUGACUGACAGGAAUCUGAGCGCUAUCCUUUAUCGUGGAGCUAGAGGGGUUACAUAGAAGAAAAUGAAACCAACCAAAGGCGAUUGUUAUAGAGAACUUAGUCCUACCACCACUCUUGAGGGAAAUGUGGUUAUGAGCUUUAGUUUUGAUAGCUGCCAGCUUGAAGAAGAAGAACUGCAGGGAAGGGGAUGCCAGCAAGCACAAGGCAUUCUUACACUAAUGGAACCAGAUGCAAGUCCAGAGCCUCAGGAUCGAUAUCAUGGAAUAUAUUUUGCAAUGCUGCUUGCUGGAGUUGGGUUUCUCCUUCCCUAUAACAGCUUCAUUACAGAUGUGGAUUUUCUACAUCACAAGUUUCCAGGCACAUCUAUUGUAUUUGACAUGAGUCUGACUUACAUCCUGGUUGCAUUAGCUGCUGUUGUCCUUAAUAAUGCUACAGUGGAACUUCUUACCACACAUAUGAGAAUCACUGCUGGGUAUAUUUUUGCACUUGGACCUCUCAUUUUUAUUGGCAUUUGUGACAUCUGGCUUGAGCUGUUUACAUUCAAACAGUCAUAUGCCAUAAACCUUUUUGCAGUUGGCGUUGUGGCUUUUGGAUGCACAGUGCAACAAUCCAGUUUCUAUGGCUACACUGGUAUGCUACCUAAACGUUACACUCAAGGAGUAAUGACAGGUGAAAGUACUGCUGGAGUAAUAAUUUCCUUAAGCCGGAUAUUCACCAAACUUCUUUUGCCAAUUGAAAAAGAGAGCACCAUGAUCUUCUUCCUAAUUUCUAUCUCUCUUGAAUUUAUGUGCUUCAUUAUGCACUUGCUUGUAAGGAGAACUCGAUUUGUUCAGUACUAUACAAACAAAGCCCUGGUAAAAAAUUCAUGUAGGAAUGGCUCUGAACCAAGUUUCCGUUACAAAGUGCAUCACAGUACCUAUGGAGAUGAUGAAAACAGAUGUGCUUCAACAGAAAACAGCAUGGAACUGCAGUCGGAUUUAACAACAAGAGGUACUUACAUUAGAUUUGAUGUUCCUGAGCACAAAGUUAAAGGCAACUGGCCAAAUUUCAAAGAUAUGAUGUUUCAUCGUUAUUUGGUGUUGCGAGUGAUCUGGGCUUACAUGCUUUCUAUCUCUGUCACAUACUUCAUUACUCUUUGCCUUUUCCCUGGAUUGGAAUCAGAAAUCAGGAACUGUACAAUGGGAGAGUGGCUUCCUAUCCUUAUCAUGGCUGUAUUUAAUCUGUCUGACUUUGUUGGCAAGAUACUGGCAGCAGUACCAUAUGAAUGGCGUGGUAUCAACCUGCUCAUUUGUUCUAGCAUGCGUGUGGUGUUUAUUCCACUUUUUAUAAUGUGCGUGUAUCCAAGUGGAAAACCUACUUUUAGUCACCCUGCUUGGCCAUGCAUCUUUUCCCUGCUUAUGGGAAUCACAAAUGGAUAUUUUGGCAGUGUUCCUAUGAUUCUUGCAUCAGGGCUAGUUGUACCAGAGCAACGGGAGUUGGCAGGAAACACAAUGACUGUAUCAUAUAUGACUGGACUUACACUUGGUUCAGCUGUUGCUUAUUUUGCCUACAACCUGGCUAGUACAUCUCAAAACAUUUGCUUCCAUCCGGAGAUAUACAACAGUUCUUUGCCACCAGAGAUUUAAACAUUAUUUUGAAGUUUAUAACCUUGCAUUUUAUGUAAUUUUUUUCUCUUACUAUAUAUGUAUAUUCACAAUGUUAUAAUAAUGCUCUCAUCAGCCCGUUUAGAACUAAUAUUCCUUUUCUAUUGCAAAAUCACAAUUUUGUAGCAGAUGGCUCGAAAAACAUUUCUUGAUGUUGAUGUUGAUAUGUGUUCACAUCUCAGACAUUUAUGACAUUUCAACAGGAUAUGCCAUAAAAGUCUGACAGAUGUGGAUCCCACCUAAAGGACCUGCUCUUAUCUCAAGAACGAAGGUAUUCCAGCCUCAUCUGGCCUAGUUGCAGACCAGAUCCUUGUGUGGAUCACAGAGGUUCUGCAGCCGGGAUCCUAAUGUUUGUCAAAGGUGGAGCUAGCAUCUAUGGGACAUUCAUGGUGUAUCCUGUAAACAUGUCAUAAAUGUUUGAGACAGGAAUAGACCUUAAGUACCAUGUCAAAAGAUGAUUUAAGACUCCUCUUCAGACCUUAACAGAAACUGUUUAGCACCUACCAGCCUUACUAAACAUCCCUUGACUGUUUGUCUGUACCUAAAACAGCACCAGGCAUUGUUUUGAAGUUCAUUUGCGCCUGAGCAAAAGGGCCCCCACCUACCAAAUAUUUGACUACACUACUUUGUACCCUUAGUAAUACUGGUGUCUUCUUAUAUGGCACAGGGGCCACCCUAUAUACCUGGACCAGUAUGUGACUGAUACCUCUGCAAAUUCUAUAACAACUCCCCUUGUGCCCCUUACCCUACAAAAGUCUCUGACAUUCAUAACAUUACCGUAUACCUUGUGAUAUACUUUAUAGAAAAAAUGUGUAUGGUUGCAAUAGAAAGCAGACUAAAAAGUAGCAAAAUAUUAUUUUUGUUUAAAAUAUGAUUUAAAAAAAACUAUUUUAAUAUGAAAAGGAUGAAAAAGUUAGGGCUUAAAGCGCAACUGUCAUCAUAUUUGGACCCCCCAGACCACUAUAAUGGUGUUCCAGAUGAUUAUAAGGUGACUGCAGCCAUACCUUUAUUGCUG